UGUAUCAAACAAAAGUUUAAUGUUAUAAUAUUGAACACGAAAACUACUGAACGUAGUAGUGGAAUUCCUUAUUUAUAGUCGCUGAAAGGAAGAGUAGUCUUAGUACUUUCUGAUAAAAUAUCAAAGGCAAAAAAAAAAAAAAAAUGGCAAUUGAUGCUCAACAAGCUUUGCUUGUUUCACUUCUCCUCCUUCCAUUACUGAUUAUCUUCAUAAAGAAAACUGUUCAGAAACAAAACAAGAACCUUCCUCCAAGCCCUCCAAAGCUUCCUUUCAUAGGCAAUUUACACCAGCUCGGUUCAUUGCCUCACCAAUCUUUAUGCCAACUCUCCAAAAAAUAUGGCUCAGUUAUGCUUCUCCACCUCGGCAAGGUGCCAACUGUUGUUGUAUCCUCUGCUGAGGCUGCAAAACAAGUCAUGAAGACUCAUGAUCUCAGUACUUGUAGCAGACCUCAAUUACAUGGUCCUCGACAACUGACGUACAAUUACCAAGACUUGGCAUUUUCACCAUAUGGAGAAUAUUGGAGAGAGAUCAGGAAAACUUGUGUCCUUGAACUUUUCAGUGUGAAGAGAGUACUUUCACACCGAUCAGUCCGGGAAGAAGAAGUUACCAAGCUCAUCAACUCCGUAUCUCAUAACUCCUCAUCUUCUCCUGGUGCUCCUGUUGAUCUUACUGAGAAGCUGUUUGCUCUUACUGCCAGUAUAAUUUUCAGGACUGCUUUUGGGACAACUUUUAAAGAUGCUAAUUUUUCUGAUGAGAAAUUGCAUGAAAUUGUUCAAGAGAUCCAAACCAUCCUGGCAACUUUCUCUGCCGCUGAGCACUUUCCAUAUGUGGGGUGGAUUGUGGACAAGCUUUCUGGUUUAGAGCAAAGGCGUGAAAGGAUUUUCCACCAGAUGGAUGAUUUCUAUCAAAGGGUGAUUGAUGAUCAUCUUAGUCCCGGGAGAGAAAAACAAGAGCAUGAAGACAUUAUUGAUGUGCUUCUGAAGAUAGUGAUGAAAGAGCAAACUGGUUUUCGAGCUGCUUCUUUAACCAUAAACAAUGUCAAGGCAGUCCUCUUGGUAACCUCUUUAGUUUUAUUUUUGGUUCAUCCUUUCUUUCUAAUUGUAGGGUCAAUAAGAAAACCAAAUAUAUUUUUGGCCAAGAACAAUUUAAAACUUAAUAAGCAAUAA